UCUGAGUGCUCUCCAUUGCUUUCUGCCUCCCUCCUCAAAGCCCGUCCCCAUUUCUCUGCGGCUAUCUCCAUCGCUUCAUCUUUUUUUUUCUAGGUGGGCACUCGUAAAGUCCGAUACAUUGUGCGCUGAGAGUUAUAUUCGUCAUGGUUGUAACCGUCAAUGGUGGUGAACACGCAAUCGGCGAAAAGAUCGACGUUUGCGAUCAGAAAGUGGCACGUGAUGGUUUUCCAACGACCAUCCACGCGCCGUUCUCGAAAUGCACCCGUUAUUUCACCCUUGCGAACUUUCACGGUGUAUUAUCGAGAGCAUUUUCAAUCGUUAUCGGGACAGGGAUGGAGAUUCGAGUGGCCGCUGCAAGGUGCCGAAAAUGUGGUUUUACUACGACCAUGCGUUCGACGAAUUGGACGGCUGCAAUCACGUGGCUUUUACGCCACAUCGCCCCUCGCUGAAAAGCAAAUGAGUGGUUGUUGGCCGCAGAGACGAUGAUGAUGAUGAUGAUGAUGAUGAUGACGAUGAUCAUCAUUACCGCGGUGUCCCAAUACGAUGACCCCGCUGCUGCAGCACCGAUGAUUCACGAACGCUCAUUAGCUCCCGGCUCUCUUACCCAUUCUCUUUUCUCCCUUAUUAUCUCAUUCUCUUACCCUUUACUCCGC